AUGGCGAGACUGUGUACUGGAAAUUCUAAAGGUGAGAAGAAAUUAGGGAAGGUUAUAACACCUGAUCCAUGGAAAGCAGGGGCAAGAAAUACGACGGAGAGUGGUGGGAGAAAAAUUAAUGAAAACAAAGCCCUAACUGCAAACAAAGCAAGAUUUUCUCCAUAUGGCUCGUUUGCACAGUGCAAAAUCUGUCGGCAAAAAGUUCAUCAACAAGGAUCUCAUUAUUGCCAAGCAUGUGCAUAUAAAAAGGGAAUUUGUGCUAUGUGUGGAAAGAAACUCUUAGAUACUAAAAAUUACAAACAAUCAUCAGCUUGAAUGGAAGUGUAAAAAGAAAAUUUUUUUAAAUAAAUUGUAUACUUGGACUGUAAAACAUCGAUGGAAGAAAUACAUGUGUAUGUAAAUAUUCAUAUUUAAAUGACUUAUAAAAAUUUAAAUUAUUUGCUCUU